AUGAAAGGGCCAAAAGGAAAAAGUAAAAACAGAGAUGCUGGCACAUUAGAAACUAAGGCAAUUCAGAGUGUCAACAAAGAAGCAAUCAGGGACAUGUUGCUCAACAACAUCAUACCAACAAUCCAUGCACAAUGGCUAGCUCAAUUAUCAAAGGAUAUAAUCAUACAAUGGGACAAUUCCAAGCCUUAUCAAAUCCCUAAGGAUGAUGAAUUUCAGGCAGCAACACAAGCAUAUGGUUUCAACAUUCAAUUUGUAUUCCAAACUGCUCAAUCACCAGACCUCAAUGUAUUGGAUCUAGGUCUGCUCAAUGUCAUAAAAUCAAUUGAAUACCAAUCAUUUCCCAAAAAUUUGGAUGAAUUAAUUGAGAAAAUGGAAGAGGCAUUUGAAGAAUUUGAUCCUAUUAUGAACAAGCAUACAUGGAUCACUCUACAAUCAUGUAUGAUUGAAAUACUGGAGAAACAAGGUGGGAAUAAUUUUGCACCACCACACAUGGGGAAGAGGAGAUUAGACAACGAAGGAAGACUUCCACAGCUGUUGAAAGUGGACAAGGGACUCAUCACUCAAGCUGUCAACUACUUAAACACCAUAUCCAUUCCAGCAACAGGUGUGAAUGUAGAUGCACAAGAUAUGGAGGUGGGAUGCAGGCUAAUGAAUUGA